GCGUCCGCGAGGGGCGGUGCCAGCCUCACUUCCGGCGCCCGCGCCGCUGCCGACUGGCUCCGGGCAGCAGCGCUCCCUCGCGUGGGGCGCGCGGGUGUCCACUCAGGACGGCUACAGGUGCCGCCGGCCGCGCCGUCGCCCUUCCCUGCCUGAGGCCGAUGACUGCGUCAUCAGUCACCGCCACGACACUUUUGCAGCCUCUCCGGAGGGCUUUUGACGGGCUGCCCCGACGGCAGAGCGUUGAGAAGGUGGAAGCCAGGGCUGGGAGCUUUGAGGUAACCAGCUCUUUGCUCUAAGCCCGAACUACUUUUUUGUUGUUGUUGGUUUUGGUUUUUUUCGAGACAGGGUUUCUCUGUGCAGCCCUGGUUGUCCUGGAACUCGCUCUGUAGACCAGGCUGGCCUCGAACUCACUGAGAUCCCCCUGCCUCUGCCUCCCGAGUGCUGAAUUAAAGGCGUGCGCCACCACUGCCCGACUAAGCCUAGACUUCUUAAGCUCGCCGCGUCUGGGUGGCCGUGGACGGGUUAAGAGGCGCUCGGCUCCUGAAUGAGGAGGGGCAGGCGCUGCACGGCGCUGGGCUCACUCUGACCUCAUCCGCUCUAAAGUGCAAACCCUGUCCUCUGAGGAGCUUAUGGAGCCCAGAGGAACCAAGAGAAAAGCGGAGAAGACAGAGGUGGCGGAGCCGUGGAACAAGCUCCCGCGUCCACUGUCCUCACUGCGCACAGAGCCUGCUCUGUACUCUGGCCCCUUCCCCUUCUACCGGCGCCCUUCCGAACUGGGCUGCUUCUCCCUGGACGCCCAGCGCCAGUACCAUGGAGAUGCCCGAGCCCUGCGCUACUACAGCCCGCCCCCCAUCAACGGUCCAGGCCCCGACUUUGACCUCAGAGAUGGGUACCCUGAUAGGUACCAGCCCCGGGAUGAGGAAGUCAAAGAGAGGCUAGACCAUUUGCUGCGCUGGCUUCUGGAACACCGACACCAGCUGGAGGGGGGUCCGGGCUGGCUGGCAGGGGCCACAGUGACAUGGCGAGGACACCUGACAAAAUUGCUGACCACGCCGUAUGAGCGGCAGGAGGGCUGGCAGCUGGCAGCCUCGCGGUUCCAAGGAACACUGUACCUAAGUGAGGUGGAGACCCCGGCUGCUCGGGCUCAGCGGCUGGCCAGGCCGCCCCUGCUGCGGGAGCUCAUGUACAUGGGCUACAAAUUUGAGCAGUACAUGUGUGCAGACAAACCUGGAGGCUCCCCAGAUCCCUCUGGGGAGGUUAACACCAACGUGGCCUUCUGCUCUGUGCUACGCAGCCGCCUGGGAAGCCACCCUCUGCUCUUCUCCGGGGAGGUAGACUGCAUGAACCCCCAGGCCCCAUCCACACAGCCCCCCGCCUGCUAUGUGGAGCUCAAGACCUCCAAGGAGAUGCACAGCCCUGGCCAGUGGAGGAGCUUCUACAGACACAAGCUUCUGAAGUGGUGGGCUCAGUCAUUCCUCCCAGGGGUCCCACAUGUUGUCGCCGGCUUCCGGAACCCAGAAGGUUUCGUCUGUUCCUUAAAGACCUUUCCUACCAUGGAAAUGUUUGAAAAUGUCAGGAACGACCGGGAUGGCUGGAACCCCUCUGUGUGCAUGAACUUCUGUGCCGCCUUCCUUAGUUUUGCCCAGAGCACAGUUGUCCAGGAUGACCCCAGGCUUGUUCACCUCUUCUCCUGGGAACCUGGUGGCCCAGUCACUGUGUCUGUCCAUCGGGAUGCACCCUAUGCCUUCCUGCCCACAUGGUACGUGGAAGCCAUGACUCAAGACCUCCCGUCACUUUCAAAGACUCCCUCCCCCAAGGACUGACGCCUCGGGACACACCAGUCUGGACUCCAUGCAGAUAAUAAAAGCGGGUUUCUAU